UACAAGGGUGGGCACACCAAGGUCUUCUUCAAAGCGGGGCUGCUGGGGCUGCUGGAGGAGAUGCGGGACGAGCGCCUGGCCCGCAUCAUGACCCGCUUGCAAGCCCAGGUCCGCGGCUUCCUCUCCCGGCAGGAGUUCAAGAAGAUCCUGGAGCGCCGGGACUCGCUGCUGGUGAUCCAGUGGAACAUCCGGGCCUUCAUGGGGGUGAAGAACUGGCCCUGGAUGAAGCUCUACUUCAAGAUCAAGCCCCUGCUGAAGAGCGCCGAGACGGAGAAGGAGAUGCAGACCAUGAAGGAGGAGUUCGGGCGGCUGAAGGAAGCCCUGGAGAAGUCGGAGACGCGGCGGAAGGAGCUGGAGGAGAAGAUGGUCUCCAUGCUGCAGGAGAAGAACGAUCUCCAGCUGCAAGUGCAGGCUGAGCAAGACAACCUGGCUGAUGCCGAGGAGCGCUGCGACCAGCUGAUCAAGAACAAGAUCCAGCUGGAGGCCAAGGUGAAGGAGCUCACGGAGCGCCUGGAGGACGAGGAGGAGAUGAACGCCGAGCUCACGGCCAAGAAGAGGAAGCUGGAGGACGAGUGCUCGGAACUCAAGAAGGACAUUGACGACCUGGAGUUGUCUUUGGCCAAGGUGGAGAAGGAGAAACACGCCACGGAGAACAAGGUCAAGAACCUCACAGAGGAGAUGGCCGGGCUGGACGAGAUCAUCGCCAAGCUGACGAAGGAGAAGAAGGCCCUGCAAGAGUCCCACCAGCAAGCGCUGGACGACCUGCAGGCAGAAGAAGACAAGGUCAACACCUUGACCAAGGCCAAAGUGAAGCUGGAGCAGCAAGUGGAUGACCUGGAGAGCUCGCUGGAGCAGGAGAAGAAGAUCCGGAUGGACCUGGAACGGGCCAAGCGGAAGCUGGAAGGCGACUUGAAGCUGGCGCAGGAGAGCAUCAUGGACCUGGAGAACGACAAGCAGCAGUUGGACGAGAGGCUGAAAAAGAAAGACUUCGAGCUCAACGCCCUGAACGCCAGGAUCGAGGACGAGCAGGCGAUCGCCGCCCAGCUCCAGAAGAAGCUCAAAGAGCUUCAGGCGCGGAUCGAGGAGCUGGAGGAAGAGCUGGAGGCGGAGCGCACGGGGCGGGCCAAGGUGGAGAAGCUGCGCUCGGAGCUGUCGCGGGAGCUGGAGGAGAUCAGCGAGCGGCUGGAGGAGGCGGGCGGCGCCACCUCGGUGCAGAUCGAGCUCAACAAGAAGCGGGAGGCCGAGUUCCAGAAGAUGCGGCGCGACCUGGAGGAGGCCACGCUGCAGCACGAGCACACGGCCGCCACGCUGCGCAAGAAGCACGCCGACAGCGUGGCCGAGCUCGGCGAGCAGAUCGACAACCUGCAGCGCGUCAAGCAGAAGCUGGAGAAGGAGAAGAGCGAGCUCAAGCUGGAGCUGGACGACGUCAGCUCCAACAUGGAGCAGCUCGUUAAGGCCAAGGCCAACCUCGAGAAGAUGUGCCGCACCAUGGAAGACCAGAUGAACGAGUACAGGACUAAGUCCGAGGAGGCUCAGCGGACGGUCAACGAUCUCACGACCCAGCGAGCCAAGCUCCAGACCGAGAACGGCGAGCUCUCCAGGCAGCUGGAGGAGAAGGAAGCGUUCAUCAGCCAGCUGACGCGAGGGAAGCUCACCUACACCCAGCAGCUGGAGGACCUCAAGAGGCAGCUAGAGGAGGAGGCCAAGGCGAAGAACGCGCUGGCCCACGCCCUCCAGUCGGCCCGGCACGACUGCGACCUGCUGCGGGAGCAGUACGAGGAGGAGAUGGAGGCCAAGGCCGAGCUCCAGCGCACCCUGUCCAAGGCCAACUCCGAGGUGGCCCAGUGGAGGACCAAGUACGAGACGGAUGCCAUCCAGCGCACCGAGGAGCUGGAGGAGGCCAAGAAGAAGCUGGCGCAGCGGCUGCAGGAGGCCGAGGAGGCGGUGGAGGCGGUGAACGCCAAGUGCUCCUCGCUGGAGAAGACCAAGCACCGGCUGCAGAACGAGAUCGAGGACCUGAUGGUGGACCUGGAGCGGUCGAACGCAGCGGCUGCCGCGCUGGACAAGAAGCAGAGGAACUUCGACAAGAUCCUGGCGGAGUGGAAGCAGAAGUUUGAGGAGUCGCAGACGGAGCUGGAGGCGUCGCAGAAGGAGGCCCGCUCCCUCAGCACCGAGCUCUUCAAGCUCAAGAACGCCUACGAGGAGUCGCUCGAGCACCUGGAGACCACGCAGCGGCCCCGGAAGUUGGCCGAGCAGGAGCGGAUCGAGGCCAGCGAGCGGGUCCAGCUCCUCCACUCGCAGAACACCAGCCUCAUCAACCAGAAGAAGAAGAUGGAGGUUGACAUCUCCCAGCUGCAGACGGAGGUGGAAGAGGCCAUCCAGGAGUGCCGGAACGCCGAGGAGAAGGCCAAGAAAGCCAUCACGGACGCGGCCAUGAUGGCGGAGGAGCUGAAGAAGGAGCAGGACACGAGCGCCCACCUGGAGCGCAUGAAGAAGAACAUGGAGCAGACCAUCAAGGACCUGCAGCUGCGGCUGGACGAGGCCGAGCAGCUGGCCCUCAAGGGCGGCAAGAAGCAGCUGCAGAAGCUGGAGGCCCGCGUGCGGGAGCUGGAGAACGAGCUGGAGGCCGAGCAGAAGCGCAACGCCGAGAGCGUCAAGGGCCUCCGCAAGUCGGAGCGGCGCGUCAAGGAGCUCAGCUACCAGAACAUGAUUGAGCUGGUGACCGUGGGCACAUGA